AAGGAUUUGAAUCAAAUUUUCGUGACUUGAGUGAAGAGGGGCCUCUAUAUUGAAUCAUGGUUGAGAAAUUGUUUUUGUGGUGGUCAAUGGAGGUUUGGAUCUGGCAGUAUAUAACUGGUAUUUCUUUGAAUUGAAUCCUUUGAAAUGUUGGCAGGUUCUGUACUCAAACAGAGUAGUUCUGGUUAGCGUGGUGUGAACGCUGUCAAGCUCUGACAGCUAUAUGGGAGAAAGCUUCUACUGUUAAAGAGAGAAUAUGAAGAGUUCAAGGUUAGGAUAAAUGCGCUUGUGGCCAAAGCCACAGAGGUUCCUCCAGAAGGGUGGAUUAUGCAAGAUGGGACACCAUGGCCCGAAAACAAUACUAAGGACCCCCCUGGUAUGAUUCAGGUCUUUCUUGGUCAUAGUGGAGGCCUUGAUACUGAAGGAAACGAGCUCCCUCGUCUUGUCUAUGUGUCUAGUGAGAAGAGGCCUGGCUUUUCACAUCACAAGAAGGCUGGUGCCAUGAAUGCCUUGGUCCGCGUCUCUGGAGUGCUCACCAAUGCUCCUUUCAUGCUCAACUUGGAUUGUGAUCAUUAUGUUAACAAUAGUAAGGCUGCAAGAGAAGCCAUGUGUUUCUUGAUGGACCCUCAAAUUGGAAGGAAAGUUUGCUAUGUCCAGUUUCCUCAAAGAUUUGAUGGCAUUGAUAGAAAUUAUCGUUAUGCCAACAGGAACGCAGUCUUCUUUGAUAUUAACAUGAAAGGUCUGGAUGGAAUUCAAGGUCCGGUGUAUGUGGGCACUGGAAUAGUUUUCAGAAGGCAAGCUUUGUAUGGAUAUAAUCCUCCAAGGGGUCCUAAGCGCCCAAAGAUGGUAAGCUGUGACUGCUGCCCAUGUUUUGGACGCCGCACGAAGCUUCCAAAGUAUUCCAAGAAUGAUGCAAAUGGAGAUGGUGCAAACCUCCAAGUGCAAGGAAUGGAUGAUGACAAAGAGCUAUUGAUAAAUCUCUCCUUCCUCAAGCCCUGCUGCCAUGCUUAAGGAAGCCAUUCAUGUUAUCAGUUGUGGUUAUGAAGACAAAACUGAAUGGGGAAUUGAGCUGGGUUGGAUUCAUGGUCACUCUUGCAAUGAUAAAUUUUGAGUAUUAGAUUGACAAUGUAGCAAUGCUUUAGAACUUAAUGAAGCUUAAAGAGGAGUUUCACCAGCUAGGUGGGGUGUGGUUGCAAAGUUGCAAUGCCUUAACCAUUCUAUUGUGGUUCCAUCCUCAGCCAUCAAUGAUGUGUAUUGACAUGAAAUGCUUCAAACUGUUCCAAAUUCGCAGCUGAACUAAAAGUGUUAGUUUCACCUACCAUUAACUAGUUUGAUGGUUAUGUCUACUUUGAGGUAGUCCUCAAAGCAUUUUGAUGUAUGCUCAUUCUUGGACAAGGAUUAUGUUGUUAAAGGGGGAAAAUCUUAGUGAUAUUUCACCUUGAACAACAAUGUAUACUAGGAAUGUAAAGAACAUCUUGCUAUGAAUGUAAAGUUUAUUCAUGUUCGAUUGA